AUGGUCUUUGGAGGCGGUGGUAAGGUAAAAUCUUCUCCAAGGAGCGAUCAGUGCAGCUGUUCAGUAGUUUCACCCUCAUCGCGAAGGAAGAAGUCUGCAGGAAGGCGCAUGACUCUGGCGGUUGCAGCUCGUGAAUCCUUCUCCUCCUUCCUUCAGUUGCGCUUUCCAGGUUCCAGAAGUGGGAAUCGAUCCAAGCGCAGCAGCCUCUUUUCCCUCUCUGAGUCUCAGAAUCAGCAACAGCGUCAACAGCACCAUAAUCAGCAACACCAUCACCACCCUUUUAUACACCUACACCUGCGUCAACCACCAAUCCGAGAUCAGGAGGAAAUCUCACCUCGGGAUCAGCCGGAGAGAGAUCUAGGUGGUGAAGACGUUAAAGAGAGCGAUCGCUCCUCUAGUCUGGACCAUGUCUUCCACCCAGCUUACUGCACCAGGGCGCAGUCACAUCAUCCACAAUGCAAGGACGGCGGUGAGGAAGUUGCAAAGAAGGGUGAUUGA